AAUACAGAGGCUGGGUUAGUUGAAACCAGACGAAUUAGUCUAUGUUGUUCACGGGCAUGGUCUCAUGCAUGACAUAACAACCAAUCCAUACGGCAUCUAUUCACUAUCUGUCACUUAGAAUUCCUUGGAUUUGCUCUCACGAUUUCAAAAUAACAUUAAUCUAGAGAAACACAUCACUUCCAACGUCAAUGUCUUCGUCGUCUUCUUCUUCUUCUUCUUCGGCAUGGUCACCAGCUCCAUCUGUUUCUCCCUCAGUAAACACGCAGCCAUCGCCAUCCCCAGUUGUGGACGAUGACAGUGGUAAACAAAUAGCGCCAAUAUCAUCGGCUUCCCCUCCGCCAUCUCUCCCACCAGCAUCUUUAUCACCUCUUCCUCCUCCUCCUCAAGUGGUAGUAGCAUCACCGCCUUCAAUUAAUUCAGAACCUCCUCUAACCUCACCUCCGCUGCCUCCUCCAGCCGCCUCAACACAGCCCAUUAUAUCUCCUCCUCCUCCUUCUUCACCUAUAAGUACCACACCAUAUUCUCCACCACCACCACCUUCAGUCACAGCCACUUCUUUAGCUCCGUCACCACUGCCUCCCCAACCUCCGACACCAGCCCCACCACUCACUUCUCCUCCUAUUCUUCCCGGAAUUUCUCCUCCCAUAUCUCCACUAACCCCAGAAACUUCGUCUCCUCCACCUCCGGCUGUUCCAAUAUCAAGGCCAACUCUUUCUUCGCCAACCCCAUCAGCGUCUGCCUCACUGCCGGGUACUCCUCAGAUAUCUCCACCUCCUACAUCAAAUUUAGCUCCGCCCCGUGCAAAGCCGAGUAAAUCACCGCUGCCACAGGUAUUGACAUCUCCACCACCUCCACCUACUGCCCCUCAAGCUCCAAAGUAUCUGACAUCUCUGCCAUCGCCGCAUUCGCUUGUAGACAGAAGUCUACCCGCAAAGCCGGGCACUGGACAGUUUCAUAUAUCAACAGUGCUAGUUGUUGGAUGUGUCAUAGGUGCUAUUCUUCUGGUUAUAAUUGCGCUUGGAGUUCUGAUUUUCUGUUGCAAAUAUAGGAGGAAAAAGAAUCACGGGCCUGUGGAGGAGGGUUUGUAUAAAUUACCCUGCCUAGCGCAAAAAGAUAACUGUCAUGCUGUGGCACCCCAAUAUCCACAAGACAAUGUUCUGCUUCCGAGGGCACAGAUGCUCAAGGUGGUACCUAAUCCCUGUCCCCAGUCUCCUCGCAUGCGCAGCCGAGGUGGUGGUCCUGGUUCCAUAAGUUCAGGACCUGAAAACCCAAUCCCAACUCAAACCCAAUCCUUGUGUUUCUCACGUGGAACUUUCACGUAUGAUCAAUUAGUGGUAGCCACCAAUGGCUUCUCGGAGGCCAACCUUCUAGGACAAGGCGGUUUUGGGUAUGUCCAUAAGGGAGUCCUUCCCAGUGGGCAAGAAAUAGCAGUUAAGCAGUUAAAGACGGACAGCCAUCAGGGGGAGCGGGAAUUUCAAGCCGAAGUUGAGACCAUUAAUCGGGUGCACCACAAACAUCUCGUUUCGCUGGUUGGGUACUGCAUUACUGGGGCAGAGAGAUUGCUUAUUUACGAGUUUGUUCCAAACAAAACCUUGGAAUUCCACUUGCAUGGAAAAGAGCAGCCUGUUAUUGACUGGGCAGCUAGAAUGAAAAUUGCUAUUGGGUCUGCAAAAGGACUAGCAUAUCUUCAUGAGGAUUGUAAUCCAACAAUCAUUCAUCGAGAUAUCAAGGCAUCUAAUAUUCUUCUUGACUUUAGGUUUGAUGCAAAGGUUUGUGACUUUGGAUUAGCCAAAAUAUUUUCGGACACCAGUACUAGCAUUUCUCACAUCUCCACUCGAGUUGUGGGAACCUUUGGGUACCUGGCUCCAGAGUAUGCAUCCAGUGGUAAAGUAACUGAUAAAUCAGAUGUUUAUUCAUACGGGGUCAUGCUCUUAGAACUCAUAACUGGACGUCCGCCUAUCAGUAAAACAGAGUCCUCAAGCAAUGAGGGCCUGGUUGAUUCGACUAGGCCUUCGCUCUCUCAAGCACUAGAAGAUGGCAAUUUUAAUGCCCUUGCUGAUCCAAGAUUGCUGAGUAAUUACAACACCAGUGAGAUGGCUAGAAUGGUUGCUUGUGCCGCUGCUUGUGUGCGCCAUUCAGCAUGGCUUCGCCCACGAAUGAUCCAGAUAGUUCGUGCUUUGGAAGGACAUGUUUCUCUCACGGAUCUAGACCAAGGAAUGCUGCCCGGACAGAGCACUCCGUAUACAUCGUCAGGAAGUUCGAAUUUUGAAGCCCAUAACAGCAUGAAGUUCAAUAUGACAAUGAAAAAUCAGAUUCAGGAAUAUGGCUUGCGUAGGUACAGUGAAAGCACCAGUGAGUAUGGGGUUAACCCGUCCGGCUCGAGUAGUGAGUUCCAGCAAAUAACCUGAAGCCUCAAGAAGGCGGAGGAGAGCCACGGUAUGGAUGGAAAUUUUUGGUGAGUGAUGCUGGUUUCGAGGGGGAGCUUACUCAAUUCUUUAAUUUGUUGCUCAGGUCUGCUUAACAUUUGCAGUAUGUGGUUGCAUUUGAAGUUGAUCUUGGAAGCGUGAUACGCUAUAUCUGCAUCAAUAUUGAUGCCUAGCAACUGUUAACCUUUGUACGUAUUUGAUAUCCAUGCAAUUCCAUGAACGGCUGGCCUUUCUCCUCAUAAA